AUGGUGUUGAACAUUAUUCUAUACACCCUCCUUGGGACAUCUUUCGUCUUCGCGAUCGUCGAGUUGGGCCUCUCGGCCUUUGUGGUAUCCGCUACCACACAGCAAUAUGAUGCCUGGGGCUAUUCGGUCAAGGUGAAAGCUCCAGCUAUCGUCGCCUUCAUGGUAUUCGCCUCGCUCUGGACUAUGAUCAUCACCGUCGCCGCUCUAGUUUUGCCUUGGUACUACACCCGCAAAGGCUCGGUGACGCCCAAGCUCAAUACGGUGCUCGCUGCGUCCUUCGUCGCUGGGUACUUUGUGACAAUGGUCUUUUGGCUUGCUGCCUUCGCUGACCUCGCUACCUACUUGGACUACAUAUCGAAUGAAUAUUAUGAUGCCAUGGUCGCCUUUGCUGUGCUUCUCUGGCUCCUAUUCCUGGCUCUUCUUGUUUUUACCAUCCUAGCCAUGUGUGGUGUCAUGGCCUCUGACUGGGCUGGUUAUCAACCAGUCAAGAAGAACAAGACGAAUGCACCUGCUGAGCCUGCCCAUGAUCUCCCGAUGAGUACGUAUUCUGCUACCCCUGUGGCUCCAUUUGUCGUCUCAUCGAGUGAUGCUGAGCGUUGA